AUGCUUCCCUCAAUAGCGUCCCUUGCACUCCUUAUUGCCUCAGCAUCAGCUCACCUACUACCUCCCUCCGAACAUACCCAGGAGACUCUGCAAGGCCCAGUGCAAGAUGAGGACUACCACAUCCCCACCAUCCAUGAGAGCACUGUCAUGGCCCGGCGAAUAAUGCACCUCUCCUCCAUUAGCACCCUGAUCACCACCUUCCCCGCCCCCUCCCUCCACUCCAUCCUUAGCGGCAACGCCUCCGACGAUGAGCAACUCACCACAUGGGAGAACCGGCCGCCAGAGAUGGCUGGUAGCCCCAUAGGCCUGAUGGAAUACUACGCCGACUGCGAGCCUGCGAGCGGCAAUCCCACAUUACUCGCCAUCAACAUAGCAUCACCAUACAAGAACUACGCGGCCGGGAGCAAUAUCAGCAUGCACAUCCGUUGGUGGCCCACGCAAACCAACUCCUACCUCUCCUCCCUCUUCUCAUCCUCACGAGAAGAAGAAGACAUUCCCACCCCACACACUCCCGCCGCACUGCCUCGAUUCAGCCUGCACGGCCGUCUCGAGCCCAUCUCCGCCGCAGACCUGGCCCGACACGUGGUACCCGCUUGCUUCAUGGCGGCGCAUCCGGAUAGCGCCUUAUGGCAGCCAGGUAACGACAUUCACACGAGCCAGUACAUGCGCUUCGUGGUGGAGCACAUUUACUGGUUUGGCGGGUUUGGAGAUCGGGCGCGGAUUGGCUGGUUGCCGGUGGAUGAGUGGCGGAGUGUCACUAGGGCCGAGGUGGAGGCUAUGCGGUUACCUGGGGAGGAGAAGAGGCGGAAGGGUUGGGGUGGGAGGGAUUGGCUUUGA